CUAGAAGUCCAAGAUCAAGGUUUUGACAGGUUUUGUUUCUCCAGAGCCUUUUUCCUUGGCAUGAAGAUGGCUGCUUUCGCCCUGUGACCUCACAUGGUCUUUUCUCUGUGCACAUAUCCCUUAAGUCUGUAUUGUAAUUUCUUCUUAUAAGGCCACCAGUUAGAUUGGAUGAAGCGCACCCUAAUGAUUUUAACUAAAUCAACUUUAAAAGGCCCAAUCUCCAAAUACAGUCACAUUCUGAGUUACUGAGGGUUAGGGCUUCACCAUAAGGAUUUUGGAGGGGGACACAAUUUAGCCCAUUAACACAGGGCUAUUAUAAGGUUCAGAUGGGAUCUGGACUAAUGUCUGCCAGGCUUGUGAGGGAAUUCUCUGUCAGCAGGGUACAAGGUGCACUGGACAGCUUCAAACUAGAGGCUGACAUUUAGGUCACAUUUAUGGAAUUCCUGCUAAGUGUCAGAAGUGGGGGAUAUAACAGUCAACAAACUAGUUUUUGGAUUCAGUAAGUUUGCAGUCUACUGUGGAGGGAGUCAAAAAUUGAAUAGGCAAUUAUAUUAAUCUCCAUGAAAUACAACUAAGAACAAUUUCUGGGAAUUACACAUGGCGGAAAUGUAAAAAGCACUUUGUCAUGAUUACCCCUGGUAGACUGUUAGCUGUUACUACGUCAACUAAACAUGGCUACUGUGAACCAUCUGGGCAUAGAAAGGUUUUGCUAAAAACUAAUUUUUGAUAUUCUUUUUGUCAUAGGGAUUCAUAUAACAAAAUUACAUGCUCAUUUAAAUGAACCUUUUCACCGAGUUUGAAUCUAGUUUCGAUAGUUCAAUUUUGAACCAAUAUGUAUAAGGCUAUUAUUAACUACUAAUGGGAGUACUUUGCAUACAAUCACCUCCGAUCCUAGCUAAAAGUCUGCAAGAUUGGUUUUAUACGAAGCUUACAGAUGAAACAGUUCUGAACAAAUGUUACUUUUAGUUCUGAACAAAUGUUAACCGACAAUACUAUACUAUACACCAUGUUAUAGUGACUAUAACAUGGUACGGUGGGGCUCUCAAUCUUGGCCUGAGGGUUCCAGAGCCACCGCCUUGCCAGGUGCUAUUCUGGCAAUUAGUUUGCCAUUUCUGACCUACACUCUAUGGAAUCCCAAAUGCCGGAGAAAACUAAACUACAUUUCGAAGGUUAAGGCUUUAAAUUGUAUUAUUAUCUAGCUACUACGUUAUCGAACACAUACUUAUCAAUUCACCAGAAAAAGCAUCCAUCUUUUUCUGCUGUCGCUCUACGUGUAAAGCAAUACUUAGUAUCAAGAGUUUUCAGUGGGGGAGAAGUUGAUACCGAACAAGCGCGUAGAAAACCGUCACCCCAGCAAGUAGACGCUUCGCUUAUCGUUUUACUGCUUAACAACGACAAAACGCCAACGUGGAGGAAGCGCGUCACUAACACCACAUAAGCACAGGCUGAACCGUUCCCUCACUUCCGGGGGUAACGGCGCAGCAAAUACACGUCAGCGCGGGGAGGCGGGACUUUCGCCCUACGCAUCGUAUGAGACGGAAUCCAAGAGUUCCGGUUUCCUGUGAGUUGACGCACCGACUCCAGAGGGUAGGCGGUGUCGGAGGUCCAUCUUCUGGCUGUGUGUCUUGCCUGCGUUGUCCCCUCAUACCGGCCUUACGCUAAGAGUGCAAAAGUUUGGGCCAAAGCGCUGGGCGAGAGGCGGACCUGCUCCUCCCCGCUGCCUGCCAUUCUUUGCUUCCGUCUUAUUCAGGGAGGCGGUGUCACCUGCUGGGAAGUGAAGUUCCCGUGGGUGCCGGUUUUCCCUGGAAAAGCGCGGGUUAUUUCCGUCUUUCCUGAGCUGGAGCUCUUCCCGGAGGCCGGGGCAGCUGUGCAGCCUGUUGUUGAAUUAAAAUAAAAGGUCUCCAGCGACCCCGCCGAGUUGUGCUCUGUAGACACGCCUGCCUCAUGGGAGUCCACGGGCUCUGGAAGCUGCUGGAGUGCUCCGGGAGGCAUGUCAACCCGGAAACGCUGGAAGGGAAGAUCCUUGCCGUGGAUAUUAGCAUUUGGUUAAACCAAGCACUUAAAGGAGUCCGGGAUCGCCAUGGGAACUCAAUAGAAAACGCUCACCUUCUCACUUUGUUUCACCGGCUCUGUAAACUUUUAUUUUUUCGAAUUCGUCCUAUUUUUGUGUUUGAUGGGGACGCUCCACUAUUGAAGAAACAGACUUUGGCUAAGAGAAGGCAGAAAAAGGACUUGGCAACCAGUGACUCCAGAAAAACUACAGAGAAGCUUUUGAGCACAUUUUUGAAAAGACAAGCUAUCAAAACUGCCUUAAGAAGCAAAAGAGAUGAAGCACUACCCAGCCUUACUCAGGUUCACAGAGAAGAUGACAUCUAUGCUUUGCCACCUUUACAAGAGGAAGAAAAAAACAGUUCAGAAGAGGAAGAUGAAAAAGAAUGGCAAGAAAGAAUGAAUCAUAAACAAGCAUUACAGGAAGAGUUCUUUCAGAAUCCUCAUGCAGUAGAUAUUGAGUCUGAAGACUUUAGUGGCCUUCCCCCAGAAAUAAAGCAUGAAAUCUUGACUGAGAUGAAAGAAUUUACCAAGCGGAGAAGAACAUUAUUUGAAGCAAUGCCAGAGGAAUCCAAUGACUUUUCACAGUACCAGCUCAAAGGCUUACUUAAAAAGAACCAACUAAACCAACACAUAGAAAAUGUCCAAAAGGAAAUGAAUCAGCGACAUUCAGGACAAAUCCAAAAGCAAUAUGAAGAUGAAGGGGGCUUUUUAAAGGAGGUAGAGUCAAGGAGAGUGGUCUCUGAGGACACUUCACAUUAUAUCUUGAUAAAAGGUAUACAAGCUAAGAAAGACGCAGGAGUGGAUUCAGAGUCUUUUCCAUCUUUCAGCAAAAUACACAGCAUGUGUUCUGACAUGAAGUUGCCUCCAUGUGAAAAACUAAAGCCAGAGAAAGAACCUGAUGCUACCCCUCCUUCUCCAAGAACUUUACUGGCUAUGCAAGCCGCCAUGCUGGGAAGUAGCUCCGAAGAGGAGUUGGAGAGUGAGAACCAAAGGCAGCACAGUAAGAGCGGUGCAUCUGCUCCUGUAGAAGGAGGGUCCAUAUCACCACUGACUCUCUUAGCUAUUCAGAAAGCUCUUGAUGAUGAUGGAGUUGUGAAAGUGUAUGCUGGGGACGAUGUGCAGACGGGAAGGCCAGCAGCGAAAAAGCUGCUUACAGCCAGUUCUGAUGAGGAAACUGAUGAAGGACUGAAAACGAGAGACGGAAAAGGAGUGCUGCUGACACCGCUGCCUCAUUCAGCCAGCGUGAACUUUGCAGAGGAACGUGUAACCAACGCUAGUAACGGAAAAGAGCUGGCUGACACAGCUCCUUUGUCAAGCACAGGCUUUUGUCAGGGCAGUGGAUCUAGCAUUUCCAAAGAACAGAUGUCAGUUAUUCACAUGGUUAGCGAAGCCUUUCAGACAAGCCAUGAGCCUACGGUUAAUGCUAGGAAAGAUCUAACGUCUUUAGAAAACACAGUGGUUAUACCUAUGAAUGCACCUGGGCUCCAGAGUGGAAGGGAACUGACUUCAGCAUCUCUGACAAGUCCAAGUUCUGUAUCAAGGAAUGAAGCAUAUACCAAAGUGCUUGAGCUACAACAAGAUCUUUGUCCAUCUCAGAAUAAAUAUGAUUCUUCUGUUCUUUCAAGUGAUGAUGAAAUAGAGUGUGAAAAAAAUCCUGCUUCUGAAAUUACUGGCACUGCCAGUGUGCAAGAAGCGAAUAACACACUAAGUGUCCCUUCAGAGGCAAUAAGUAACUUAGAAAAUACGGUAUCACUUAAUGCUAAAGAGCCUGAGGAUUUCCUGAAAACCAUCCAAGAACAUGAGAUGAUGAAAUCUGCAGGCCAGGAUUUAAUUUCAGCUCCAGAGUCCAUGGAAUCAAUGGAAAUGGACUCUGAAGAAAGUGAAUCUGAUGGUUUUCAUAAUGUUGUGAAAUCAGGCGCAUAA